AUGUGGGACGUGGACUCGUCCGGGCAGGAGGUGGCGCCGCCGGCCAACACGGCGGCGGGGGCGGCGGGGAGCGCGCUGCCCAACGCGAUGGCGAGGAUGCAGGAGACCGCGAUGAUGACGGCGCUGCUGCAGCAGCAGGCGGCGCUUACGCGGCGCGCGCGGCGGCUGCACAUUGGGAACCUGCCGCCGGGGCUGACGCUGGAGUCGAUGCGCGAGCUCUUCAACACGACGCUGAGCGCGGCCAAGCUCACCCUCGACGAGGCGCCCUGCAUCAACGACGUCCACAUGUCUGGCGACGCGCGCUUUGGCUUUGUCGAGUUCCGGUCGGUGCUCGAGUGCACGAACGCGCUGGUGCUGGACGGGAUGCAGCUGCUCGGCCGAGCGCUCAAGGUGCAGCGGCCGAACGACUACAUGCCUCCCCCGCCCGGACUCGACAAGGUGCUCAUCCCGCAGUCGGUCUCUUCCGUCGUCACCUCGUCCACCGUCCCGACCUCGACCGCCUCGCUGCUCGGCCUGCACGGCGCGCAGCUGUCCGCCGUCGGCAACCCCGCCGUCUCGGCCGCGCUCACCGCGUCGGGGAUGCCGCCCGGCGGGUCCGUCUCCGGCCUCUCGGGCGCCGCCCUCGCGGCGAUGUCUGCUGCGGCGGUCCCCCUCGCCGCCGCAAGCGGUGCCGCCGCCGCGGGCGUCAGCGCGCUAGGCAGCCUCGCAAACAACAACCUCGGCCUCACGCGGCGGGCGAGGAGGGUGCACGUGGGCAACCUGCCGCUGGGCGCGGGGCUCACGGCCGAGAUGCUCAAGCAGUUCUUCAACGCCGCCAUCACGUCGGCGAACCUGCACGACUCGUCCAAGGAGGGCGACCCUGUCAUCGACUCGAUGAUCGGCUCCGAGGGCAAGUUCGGCUUCAUCGAGUUUCGGACCAUCGCCGAGGCGAGAUACGGGGAGAUAUGGGGAGAUGCGACCUCGUGCAUCGCGCUCAACAACAUCGAGCUCGCCGGCAAGCAGCUCCGCAUCGAGCGACCCCGCGACUACGCGCCCAUGCCAGACUCGAUGCUGGACGAGCUGCGCGCGGCGGGCGUGCUCGGCAACACCUCCAUCUCGCCCGACGGGAAGGACCUCCUCGCCGCGGCGGCGCCCCCCUCCGCCGCGAGCAGCGGAGGGCUACUCCAGCUCGGCCUGGCCGCGCCCCCCGCCGCGCCCGCCGCGGCCCCAGCAGGCCCGCCGCCCGUCGACCCGUCGACCGCGACGCCCGUCCUCGUCCUCGACGCGAUGGUGUCAAAGGAGGACCUGGCCAGCGCCGAGGAGAUGGGCGAGAUCCUCGAGGACGCGAGGUCCGAGUGCUCCAAGCACGGCGCCGUCUCCCUCUACGUGCCCAAGCCCGGCGUGUCCGGCCCUGCCGGCUCGGGGGCGGAGGAGGCUGCGAUCGCGCUGAAGCUCUUUGCGGAGUACGGCACCGCCGCCGAGGCGCUCGCUUGCGGAAAGGAGCUGCACGGGAAGCAGUUCGACGGGCGGACGGUGCUCGCCUCCUUCCUGCCGCCCGAGGCCUUCCAGGCCGUCAAGGGGCUGGACUGCUUCACGGCGUGA